AUGUUCUCUAUCAUCUUGUUCGUAGUCGUGGUCAAGGAAGGAGGGCUCCCGACGCUUAUCGGCGUCGCCUUCAUCGUUCUCGUCGGAAGUCUGGUCGCCAACGCCGUUUGCUACCUCGUAUGGUCGCAGAGCGCGACGGCGAAGCUCGAAGGCGCUAUGAUCACCACGCUGGACUCCUACAGCACGCUCUUGCGCUCGCUCACGAAUACCUUCCUACUCGAAAAGCCUCUUCACAAGCUCACCCGCGACCGCAUCCAAGCUGCGGUGGCAGCACAUCAGUAUGGCUUUACCGCGCUGAAAAGGCACCUGUCGGAGGCCAGGAGUGAGGUGGUCUGCGGUGGGCCACGCGGGGGCACAAAGAGGCCACUCGAAUAUGCUGUCGACGCGCUCACUCGCCUCGGGCAACAUCUCAACGGUCUGCGAUCUGGCAUCACCCUACAAUGCGAUAUAGCUCGAGCGUACCGCGAUCGUAGCGUUUCUAAGGCACGUGCGUCUACGAAAGCUGGCUCGAUCCAUACGAAGGCAGGCUCGAUGGUCUACAAGACGGAAGACGAGGAGACGGUCAUGAUCAAGAGCGUUGCGGUUAUGUUUGGUGAUCUUAUGGACGAGCUUGGGCCCCCGCUGCAUGCUCUAAGCAGGACGUGCACGAACGCGAUCAAGCGCGUGCGCGAGGUAUUCACUGCGAGGUCGUCCCCGUCCCCGGCGCCACUAACGCUCCAGGAGUUCGCCGCCGAGCUCGUCAACCUCGUCGAUGCCAUGGCACGUAUCUGCGCUGCUGAGCGCGCGCGCGGGCCAUGUUGCCUUCUUCCGUGGUACAAAUGCUGGCCCACACACAUCCUCGCACGCGCUCCGUGGCGACACAACUCCCACAAGCGCAAGACGGCUACCACCACCUCCACAUCAUACCGCGCCUUGAACGGCGGCAUUCCCGAUCACCGCAAGUCUCAACGAUCUCUCUCGGAGUACUUCGUCUCUGCGUCUCCAGUAAGCAGCGUGGCGGCGUACUUCCCAAAGGUCCGCCCGCAUGCGCUGAAUACCAUGUCUACGCCGUCGACUGCUGUGUUAUCGUUCUAUGGUCGUGCGAAACAGCUGGAGUGGCGCGUUGGUGCGAGAGCACGCGAAAACGAUGUCAAGUAUGCUGUCAAGACGAACGUCCUGAGCGUGCAUCGUGUGUUGGGCACGCUCUUCGGCGCUGCAGUCGCCGCAGGCAUCUACACCCUCUUCGCCGAUCACCCGGUUAUCCUCGCCAUCUUCGGCUUCCUGUUCAGCAUCCCGUGCUUCUACUAUAUCGUCGCCACACCACAAUAUGCGACUACGGGUCGCUUCGUGAUCCUCACGUAUAACUUGACGUGCUUGUAUAGCUACAACAUCAGAAGACGAGACAUAUCUGUGCUCGAUAUUGCAUACCACCGGUUCAUCGCUGUCACCGUCGGCGUCCUGUUCUGCUUGAACAUGGGAUGGCUGUUUACGCGUCUUGCGGCGAGCAACUCCCUCAAUGCCGAGGAUGCGCAGGCGUUGAUCGUAAUUUCGGAUGAUGACGAAGAGCAGACGGAGGAGAGUGCGCUUGUGCCGAGGCGUCGGAAGACGGUACUGAGCAACUCGGUUGAGGAGUUCAUGGCUAUGGAAUUACACUUCAGCUCCAGCUGA